AUGCAAACCAACCUAAAUUAUAAGGUGUACGGUCUAACAGAGAUGGCGGGGGCUGUGUUUCAAUCAUAUCCGAAUGACAGUAUGCAGGAAGUCUCGGAGUCUGUUGGCUAUAUUUCCGAUAACACCGAAGUAAAGGUGGUAGAUAAUAAUGGUAAAAUCGUGCCGUACGGGACCGCCGGUGAACUGAUGGUUCGUGGAUAUUGCAAUUUGUUACAAUACUGGGAGGAGCCUGAGAUGACGAGGAUGGCGUUGGAAGACGGCUGGUUUCAUACUGGAGAUGAGUUUAAAAUAUCUCGUGAAGGAUAUGGCACCAUUUUAAGUCGAAUAAAAGAUAUCAUCAUCCGCGGCGGAGAGAACAUCGCUCCUAAAGAAGUAGAGGAUUGUCUACAGACACAUCCUGAUAUUAUUGAAUGCCAGGUUAUUGGAGUACCAGAUGAAAGGCUCGGAGAAGAGCUUUGUGCAAUUGUCAGAGUUCGAGAAAGUGCUCAAAUUACUCUUCGAAGUAUUAAAAGUCAUUGCAGCGUGGAGCUGGUGUUUUCCAUGAAAAUGUUAACUAAAGCUUUGAAUUUAUUGACCACAUUCAAAAAUCCAAUUCAUUUAAAAUUUGUCCGUCAGUUACGAACUGAUAAUGGUAGCUAUCUCCAUAAUCCGGGGAGUGAGCCUGUAAGCUUAGCCACAUUGGGAGAUGUUAUAGCGGAAACAGCGCACAAGUACCCAGAUAGGAUUGCCAUUAGGUCUAUUCAUGAAGAUGUUACAAUUACUUAUGAAGAACUAAUAAGUAAGGCUGAUUCCAUAGGUUGUGCUUUCAGAGCGAAUGGCUUUGAAAAAGGUGACCGAAUAGGAAUAUGGCUUCACAAUUCUUCUGGAUGGGUGACUUCCUUACUUGGGGCUGCUAGAGCUGGACUUAUAUCGGUUUUAAUAAAUCCAUUAUAUCAAAGUGAUGAAUUGCGAUUUUGUAUUAACAAGACCAAAUUAAAAGGAAUAUUGAUAGGUGACAAUAUUAAAAACGUUAAUUAUGAUAAAGUUUUGCACGAAAUGUUACCAGAGCUACAUUUGUCUAGAGAAUGGUCGUUACAAUCAGGAAAUUGUCCCAGUUUAAAAUCAAUUAUUACAACGGGAAAGGAAAAACUACAUGGAGUUACAACACUUAAUUCAUUUAUUGAUAAUUAUAGAAACAAUAGCGAAAUAAAAAAAUAUAGUAGUCAAAUAAAACCAGAAGAUGGCGUUAUAAUUAUGAUGACGUCGGGGACUACGGGUACACCUAAAUGUGUCCUAGCAUCCCAUUUUGGAAUAGUGAAUAGUACUUACUUUAUUGGUCAAAGACUAGGCUUGCAAGAUAAACAUCAAGUAGUAUGUCUACAGUCACCUAUGUUCCACGCUUUGGGGGCUAUUGGGGCUCUUUUGACAGCGCUGCGCCACGGCUCUACGGUCGUAAUGCCCUCACCUAUGUUCAGAGCCGUGGCUAGUCUAAACGCACUCUGUGCCGAAAAAUGCACAAUAAUAAUAGGUACACCAACAAUGUAUACAGAUAUACUCUCCUAUCUAAAGAGUGAUAUGCCGUUAAGUCUACGCUUGGCGCUAACAGGUGGCGCGCCAUGCAGUCUUAAUCUUCUAAAAGAAAUCAAUGAUAGACUCAAUACGCAUUCUGCUCAGGCUUACGGUCUUUCAGAGACAGGGGGCCCUGUGUUUCAAUCACUGCCGGGCGACGACAUAAAGCGGGUCUUCGAAACUGUGGGCUAUAUUGCCGAUCAUUUUGAAGUAAAGGUAGUAAACGAUAAAGGAGAAAUGGUACCAUUUGAUACCCCUGGUGAGCUAAUGGUGCGUGGGUACAGCAAUAUGUUGCGUUAUUGGGACGAGCCCGAAACGACAAAGAAGGUGUUGCAAGACGAUGGAUGGUUACAUACUGGAGACAAACUCAAAAUAUCUCGUGAGGGUUACGGAACAUUUGUUUGUCGAAUAAAAGAGAUUAUCAUCCGUGGCGGAGAGAACAUCGCUCCUAAGGAAGUAGAGGACUUUCUAAAUACGCAUCCUGAUAUAAUUGAAAGCCAGGUAAUUGGAGUGCCAGAUGAAAGGCUCGGAGAAGAAGUUUGUGCUGUUAUCAGAGUUCGGGAAGACACUUCUGUAACUCUUGAAAAUAUUAAAAAUCAUUGCAGUGGAAAAAUAGCUAAAUUCAAAAUUCCUAAAAUAGUAAAAGUUGUCGAAGAUUAUCCUAAAUCAAGUUCCGGCAAGAUACUUAAGUAUAAAAUAAAGGAAUUAGUUGAAUCAGGAAAUAUA